AUGGCCUUGGCCCCAGACCGGGCAAAUCAUGUAGCAGGCCUCAAAGUAAGCGAAUGCAUUAAAACCCACACGCCACUGAAUAUGCCGGAUCUUACGGCUUACACGGUAGCCUGGAUCUGUGCUAUUGGCACGGAGCUGGUGGCCGCCAAACAAUUUCUCGACGAAGAGCAUGACAUUCCGGACGACCUUCCUCCUUAUGAUGAUAAUACAUAUAUCCUGGGAAAGAUGGGCAAAGUCCACAUAGUUAUUGUUGCAUUACCCCAUGGGCAAUAUGGGCUUGUUAGCGCUGCCAUCGUCUCUCGGGAUCUGGCACGUAGCUUUCCACAUGUUAGGUUUGGACUAAUGGUCGGCAUCGGCGGUGGUGCUCCAAGCCCAAAGCAUGACAUUCGGCUAGGUGACAUUGUCGUGAAUUCACCAGGCUCUGGCAUGGGCGGAGUUUUGCAGUAUGACUUGGGGAAGACAAUACAGGAUGAGAUUUUUACCAUCACAGGACACCUUAAUCAGUCGCCGCAGUGUUUGCUGAGAGCAAUUCCCUUCCUAAAUGCCAGAUACGAGAGCGAUGGUCACAAUAUUGAUGCGAGAAUCGGUCUUGUUCUCGACAAGAAAUCGCGACUACGGAACAAAUACCAAAAGCCCGACCCCGAUACAGACAAGCUAUUCAAGUCAUCUUACAAACAUUUAGUGGGACAAGAACAGGACUGUUCGACUGUCUGCACCGACGAUUCCCAGUUAAUUCUCAGAAGCUUACGAGACGAGGAGAGCCCGAUGAUUCAUUUUGGGCUUAUCGCUUCUGCAAAUCAGCUUAUGAAGGAUGCUCAUAUCCGUGAUAAGCUAUCGGCCGAGAAAGAUGUCCUUUGUUUCGAGAUGGAGGCUGCUGGACUUAUGAAUCACUUUCCCUGUCUUAUCAUUCGUGGCAUUUGUGACUAUUCAGAUACUCACAAGAAUAAGGCUUGGCAAGGCUAUGCGGCAAUGGCGGCUGCUACGUAUGCAAAGGAUCUUCUCUGCGAGAUUACUCCAAGGAAAGUUGAAGCUGAAAAGAAAAUCAGCGACAUUCUAUCCGGCUUCCAAGAAAUUGCACAAAAGAACCAAGACGUUUUGAAAGAGAACCGUGAUAUUGCCAAAGAGCAGCUUCAAGUCCAGAAAGGUCUAGCCGAAGAAAGGCUGUCCGAAGAACAACAGAAAUGCCACCAGCUAUUUCGCCUUACAACCAGCAACAGAGGUGCUACAUACGAGUGGUAUAAAGAUCGGACGGAAGAAAGGAUUGAGAACACAUGCAUGUGGUUCCUUAAGCAUGAGCACUUUCAGUCAUGGUUAAGCCAGGAAUCUGGUCCCCUGCUAGUGUCAGCAGACCCUGGCUGUGGAAAGUCGGUGCUGGCCAAGUAUCUAAUCGACCAAGGCCUGCCACGAUCAGCAACUAUCUGCUACUUCUUCUUCAAAAAUCAAGACCAGGAUACCACCCGACAGGCCCUUUGUGCCUUACUUCACCAACUCUUCUCUCUAAAGCCACCUCUGAUUGAACAUGCUAUACCACAAUUCCGCGAAAAUGGGAAAAGCUUGGUCAACACCACAGCAUCUCUUUGGGAAAUCCUACAGAAUGCUGUGAGAGAUCCCCGUGCAGGACCUGUGAUUAUCGUCCUUGAUGCCCUAGAUGAAUGUGCUGAAUCCGAAUUUGCGGACCUUGUGCGACAUGUGCAAAGUCAAUUCAGCAAUAAUCACUCGGAAUAUAGCAAGUUAAAGUAUCUUCUAACAUCCCGCCCAUAUGAUCAGAUCCUAUCCGGAUUCUGGAGUCUUCUGGAAGCAUUUCCGAAUAUCCAUAUACCUGGAGAGGAUAAAUCAGAAACGAUUAGCCAGGAGGUAGAUCACGUCAUUGCGUGCCGGAUCAACCAGCUGGCACUGCAGAGGAACUUGCCACCUGAGAUCAAGAGCCACCUGGAGCAUAAGCUUCAGAAAGCUUCUCACCGCACGUAUCUUUGGGUAUACCUUGUGUUUGAUUACUUGAAGACAGCCAACUUCAAAAAAACACCGAAGGGGAUUGAACUUGCUGUUGCAACACUUCCGAAAAGCGUCAAUGAGGCAUAUGAGCGGAUCCUCAGUAAAACCAACGAAGAGCUUAUGGUUCGGAGAGUCCUGAGUAUUAUCUUGGCAGCGAGACGGCCUCUAAAUCUCUCAGAAAUGAACAUUGCUGUCAAUAUCGGCUAUAAAUCCAAGUCUAUCGACGACCUCGACUUGGAAGAUGACAAGGAUUUUAAAACACGUCUCCGAUCAUUGUGUGGACUUUUCGUCUCAAUCCAUCAUGGUCAUGUUUAUUUCCUCCACCAAACGGCUCGCGACUUUCUCCUCGCAGAUUUGACAUUGUCCCCAACCAUAACAUCGGAUUUCCAUUGGCAUCACUCUUUUACCAGCCGCCAGGCACACAACGUUCUUGCGGAGAUCUGCGUGCUCUUUCUAAAUUUUCUGAACUUAAACUCCAGCUCGCUUACAAACAACCUUGAGAGAUUCGACAGCAAUCACAAAACACAAGUAUUUUUGGCAUACUCGGCUGCAAAUUGGGGCUCUCAUGUCCGUGAGGCUGAUCUUAUGGACGAUGCUACCAUUAUACCUGCCGUUCUAGCAAUUUGUGAUACAGCCUCAAGGAGCUACUCGGAGUGGUCUUGGUAUGAUUUCUUUUUCCGGACCGAUGUUUCAACCGAUCUCAUGAUAGCGUCUGUCAAUGGACAUCAUACUAUUACCAAAAUACUUCUUGAAAGUGGCAGAGAGAUCGAGGCACAAAAUUGCUUUGGUCAAACGCCGCUAUUAUUAGCAGCUAGAGACUGUCACGAGGCUACUAUCAAGGUGCUGCUUGAAAAGGGUGCAGACAUCGAGGCACAAGAUAACCAGGGUCAAACGCCGCUAUUAUUAGCAACUAGAUACGGUCACGAGGAUAUUAUCAAGGUGCUGUUUAAAAAGGGUGCAGACGUCGAGGCACAAGAUAACCAGGGUCAAAUGCCGCUAUUAUUAGCAGCUAGAGACUAUCGCGAGGCUACUAUCAAGGUACUGCUUGAAAAUGGCGCAGAUAUAGAGGCACGAGAUAACCAGGGUCAAACGCCGCUAUCAUCAGCAGCUAUAAGUGGGUAUGAGGAUAUUGUCGAGCUGCUGAUUGAGAAGGGAGCAGACAUCGAGGCAAAAGAUAACCAGGGUCAAACGCCGCUAUCAUCAGCAGCUAUAAGUGGGUAUGAGGAUAUUGUCGAGCUGCUGAUUGAGAAGGGAGCAGACAUCGAGGCAAAAGAUAACCAGGGUCAAACGCCGCUAUCAUCAGCAGCUAUAAGUGGGUAUGAGGAUAUUGUCGAGCUGCUGAUUGAGAAGGGAGCAGACAUCGAGGCAAAAGACAGCGAGUACAAUCGCACGCCGCUAUUUUUAGCAGCUACAAAAGGGCACAAGGAUACUGUCAAGCUGCUGAUUGAGAAAGGAGCAGACAUCGAGGCAAAAGACAGCGAGUACAAUCGCACGCCGCUAUUUUUAGCAGCUGCAAAAGGGCACAAGGCUACUGUCAGGCUACUGCUUGAGAAGGGAGCAGACAUCGAGGCAAAAGACAGCGAGUACAAUCGCACGCCGCUAUUUCUAGCAGCUACAAAAGGGCACAAGGAUACUGUCAAGCUACUGCUUAAGAACGGAGCAAACAUCGAGGCAAAAGACAGCAAGUCCAGUCGCACACCACUCUUGAAGGCAGCUGAAAACGGUCACGAGGCUACUGUCAAGCUACUGCUUAAGAAGGGAGCAAACAUCGAGGCAAAAGAUCGCUAUCUUCGAACACCACUAUGGCAGGCAAUCAUUUGUCUACACCAUGCUACUAUUCAGCUACUGCUUGAGGAGGGCGCUGAUACUGGCUGUAUAGAUAUAGACGCUGACGUACCUCUAGUAUUUGCAGCUGAGAAGGGGCCUAGGACUCUUGUUGAGCUGCUACUUGAAAAAGGUGCCUUAGUUGAGUGUACAAAUGGUUACGACGAGACACCACUUUUGGCAGCUGUACAGACGGGAUGUAAAGACAUUGCUGAGUUGCUCCUAGAGAGAGGCGCCGCACUUGAGUGUCAAAACAGAUCGGAAGAGACACCGCUACUAGCAGCAGCUCAAAGGGGGCACUAUGACAUCAUUGAGCUACUCCUUGGGAAGGGGGCUGUAAUUGAGUGUAAAAAUAGAUUUGGUCAGGCACCACUGUUGGUGGCAGCUGAUCGGGGGUAUGAUGACAUUGUUGGGUUGCUGCUAGAGAAGGGCGCUGCAGUUGAGUGCCGUAAUGCAUAUAGGAAGACACCGCUGAUUGUGGCAGCUCAAAGGGGAUAUGAUAGUAUUGUUAAGCAGUUACUUGAGAACGGUGCUUCUGUGGUGUCCGAGGAUAUAUUUGGCCAAACAGCACUGGACUGUGCCGUUGAAAAAGGAUUUGAGGCUAUGGCGAAUAUUCUACGUCCAGAUUCUUAG